AUGAGGAAUGAGGGCUGGACGCCUCUCCGUGCUUCGGAGGCAAUUGACCUGGAAAAGACCCUGUUUAGCGGGCAGGUGUUUUCAUUCAAGCGAACAGACAAGGGGGAAUACACGGGGACUCUUGGAGGGUGCCUUGUAAGCUUUCUGCAGGACGGCGAGAAGGUGCUCUACAGGAUACUGAGUGGGGAUAAAGCCCCAGAGGAUGUCGAGGUGGAUAUUUCGUAUUUCUUUACACUGGAGAUCAAUCUCCGCCCUCUUCUUCAGAUGUGGGGGUUUGACACCGACGGCUCGUUGGCUGGGUUGAGGGCACUCCGGUAUGCCCUGGUUCCGACGAUAUUUUCGUUUAUCUGCUCGUCAAACAACAACAUUUCAAGAAUAACAAAGAUGGUUGGGUUUCUCUACUCUAAGGGGGAGUUUAUCAUGAAGUACAAGGGCCUUGACUUCCACCACUUUCCAAGUCUGGAGAAGCUGGUUGGUAUCGAGGGCGAGCUUCGGGCCAAUGGGUUUGGAUAUAGAUCUCGAUACAUCUGCAGUGCUGCGGAGUAUCUUAUGGAGAACUACCCGAGGCUCCAACAGGCGUCUGGAGUCAGAGACAUGAUGGUUUCGAUCAAAGGAGUUGGGGACAAGAUAGCAGACUGUAUCCUGCUUAUAGGACUUGGGAAUCUGAGUGUUGUCCCGGUUGACACUCAUAUCUUCAGGCACUCGAGGAAACUGUUUGGGGUCCGUGGAAAGACUCUGAGACGGGGGAUGUACGGCACAGUGCAGAGGCUGUACAGAGAAAGGUUUGGAGAAUAUGCGGGAGUAGCCCAGCUCUAUAUAUUUAAGAAGAUGGUUGAUCUAAGGAAGGCAGAACCAAAGAGGGAUGACCUCUAG